AUGUCCGUUCCCGAAGAGAGUCACGCUCAUCAUCUGUCCCCAUCGUCAUACGCACUCAACAAGAUUCAGAAGCUGAAGGCGGAGAUACAAGUCGACGCUCAACGCACCCCCGUACCCGACCUAGCUCCAGGGCUAGUUCAUGCUUACCCUCACCAGCUUUUUAGUGCUAAUAUUGACCUAGUAUACGCACACCACGACACGGGCCAUUACACCGCCGCACCUCGCCAGGUAAUUCCAGGGGAACCGGCCAAGGCAGGGAGAUCUCUAGAACGUGCAUUGAGCAAGCUGGCUAUUGCAAAUCGCUCGUCUGCUUCGGUGUCGUCUCUCGCUGGAGCCAGCGGUAACAACACUCAUUGUGAGAGUAUUGCCAGUGACAGCAAUGCGGUCUCCAGACCUGUGACUCCGCUCAUCAGCCACAGCCGGCGCAGCACCCCUUCUCCUCGUAUGAGUAUGGACAUUGGUCAUGCCGCUCACCUCCAGACCGACAACGAGUUCCUCCGCAGCCUCGUCCAACAAACACAACGAGAGAAGCGCGCUUUGAUGGACACAAUUGAGACCCUCCAAGCAGAAAGGUCUCAGUUGAAUACGCAGAUCGAAAACAUGAGCCAGGAACGUAUCGCGCUACUCACAGAGCGAGACAUCUUACACGCUACAAUCAAGAAGUUGCAAUUCCCUUCCGGAGCCAACCACUAUGUCCAGGGUCAUGGCCACAUUGCACCGAUGAGAUCUCCAAGUGCCACUACCUUUCCCAGCAACAAUCCAUGGGGUGCUAUUGGGAGUGGGUGUCGAGGAGCUGGGACCAGUCCAAACGACACUCCAGUUGACAGCCCUGCCAUGCAACCACGCAGCUUCAGUUUCGCCGCCCUUGGCGCCGUCGGUCCUGUGGGCAGCAUUCCUACUCAUCUCACCUGCAACACCUCGCGACCAAGUAUGAAAGCCUGCGCUGAGUCAACAUUGGACUCUACGGUGUCAAAUCAUGGCUCCGUCAAUGGGAAUGGCGUCGAGCGUGGAAGUAUAAUGGCAGAUACGCAACUCGGCGAGACCCUUAUUUCAAGUAACAUGGAGGGAGAGAGACUCAAGAACUUGUUGAGCAGCUUGGGACCAAGCUUCUGA